GUUCUAAGGCCAUUUAUAUUGCGUCGAUUGAAAUCAGAGGUUGAGAAGCAACUACCCGAAAAAACUGAGCAUGUGGUCAAGUGUCCACUAUCAAAACGUCAACGAUACCUCUACGAUGAUUUUAUGUCGUUGCGAUCAACUCGUGAGAAUCUGCGUUCUGGCAACGUGAUGUCCGUGUUGAACAUCGUAAUGCAACUGCGCAAAUGCUGUAAUCAUCCGAACCUAUUCGAACCUCGACCAGUCGUGUCACCGUUCGCAAUGCAAGCACUCUCAGUUACAGUUCCGGCCAUGCUGCUCGAUUUAUGUAAAAGUGCGAACAGCAACGAGGAUAUACCAUCGAUUCCGGAAUGUCUGCGAUUGAGUCACUUGAUGCGAGGAUCGCAGUUUGCUUGGAGUGAAAUACGAAGGCUGUCGGCCGGGAGGACACUCAUCGAAGAACUGAACAGUCAACAACAACAA